AUGGUCCAAAGACCGUUUAGCGAGAUUGAAGGAAAUCAUGUGUAUUGGAAAAAUAUUUCCAUGUCAAAGUCACCCUACCAUUUGAAAGUCCACGCCGAGCUAUUUCCUGAAUAUCCUCAAGGAAAAAUGUUAAACAAUAAGCAACGACCUAAAAUGUCUACGAUUUUAUCUGCAGUCGAUACCAGUCGUAGCAAAAGUGAUACGUCAUUUAAAAUGAACAUAAGAGAAAGUCGACAUCCAAAUGAGCUAAGGCUUACUCGUGAUACUUUCUACAAUUUUACUCACCCCCUGUCUUUCGAUAAUGUAUUAUUCCCCUUAGACAACACACUCGAUAAAAUAUCAAAUAACAGUUAUCCAGAUAAAAUAACUGUUGAAAGUUUUUACAAAAUACCUAAAACGUCUAGAUUUUUCCCACCAGUAGAAGAACAAAAACCGACAAAUAUGCAAGAAAUUCUUCAUGUAUUUGGAAAUAAUAGCGCAUCAAAAAAGACAAUAUUUCGAACAAGUAGUGAUAUAGGCAAUGAUAAAUCCUCGGAAUCGAACGACUUGCAUAUUAGGAAAAUGCCAGAGUACGAAGUCGACAAUGAUAAAGCGGACUUUUUAAUAGAAGAGGUAACUCCUGAAGUUGUUCCGAUAUAUUAUAAUUAUACUGUACCUGCAAAUCCGUUCACAUGUGUUGUUUUGCAACCGUAUAACGCCGACAUGGAUGCUCAGGACAAAUUUUCAAAAUUCGAUAUCGAACCGCCUUGGAUAGUGAAAAAACAAUUUUGGAACAAAAUGUUCGACAGUCGCUACGAAUCGCUUAUGAGAAACAAUAGAUGGCCGCCUCUGAAGGUUAUUUUAGUACCACGCACUCACGUCGACUCAAUUUGGAGACAAAGCUUUGAUCAAUACCACAACAAUACUGUUAAUAAAAUUCUGUCAAAUUUAGUUAAGAAAUUACAAUUUUACAAGAAUUUAACAUUUACAUGGAACGAGGUAUCUCAUUUGAGUCAGUGGUGGCAAACUACGACACAGAAAAAUCGUUCGGCAUUCCGUCGGCUAGUACGAGGAGGUCGUUUAGAAAUAACUACAGGUGGUUGGGUGGAACCUGAUGAAGCUACAAUACAUUUAUUUGGUCUUUUACAUCAACUUAUGGAAGGUCAUCAAUGGUUGAAACACCACUUAAAUUUCGUACCAAAAACAGCGUGGCUCACUAACAGCGUAACACAUAGCCCUACAAUGACUUACCUUCUUUCAGCUUGUGGGAUGUCGAACCUUAUCUUCACUAAUAUACAUUAUUCCUGGGAACAGUACCUUGCUGAAUACCAAUACAGCGAUUUCAUUUGGGUACAGAAUUGGGAUAAUGACAUAUUUUCGAAAUCGGACAUCAACGAUAUUCUAAAUAAAAUUGGCAAGGAACGUUAUCCGAAAAAUUCUAUCCUUACUCAUUAUCUCCAAUUUAACUCAGCUGGAUUUAAAGCUUGUGGACCAGAUAAGGAUAUAUGUGUCUCAGAUUUUAAUUUUGUAAAAUCAAUCAACAACAUAGAUUCAUAUAAUGUAAAACAAAAAGCAGAGUUAUUACUUGAACAAUAUUCUAAGACUGGUACUAUAUCAUCGCAUAAUGUUAUCAUUGCUCCAAUCGGAGGACCUUACCACUUUGAACAACAAACCGAGUUUGAUUUUCAAUAUAAUAACUAUCAAAAAAUUGCUGAUUUCGUUAAUAUAAAUCGUGAGAUAUACAAAGCAACAAUUGAUUUUGGUACCCCCAAAGAUUAUUUCAAGACCAUCAUUGAAAAAAACAGGUCGUAUCCAUCAUUAAAGGGGGACUUUCUCAAUUUCGCAGAUGUUAGCUCAGGGACACCUGCUUAUUGGUCAGGAUUCUUUACAACUAGACCUUUGUUAAAAAUUCUGUUGAGACGCCUUGAAUCAACUUUAAGAACUACAGAAAUUCUCUUUUCAUUCGCUGUAAGUUCUAAUGUUUUUCGACAUAUGAAUGUUUCAGAUUUAUUCAAUCUUUUAAUGAAAUCAAGAGAAACAGUAGCACGUCUUCACGACCGUAACGUUGUAAGUGGCACAUUGACGGCUAAUGUUUUAAAAUAUGUACAUAAAAAGAUAUUAACAACUGUUAAGGAUUGUUGGUACAUACAAGAAACAAGUGCAAGUUUAAUAAGUAUAAAAUCAGAGAGAAAUAUUACUUAUCUCCAAAAAUAUGUAUACAGAAAUGGUGAAUUUAUUUCAGCUUUUAGAACUGUGACUCCAGGUGAUCAGAUUUAUGUAUUCAAUUCUUUAAGCCACGAGAGAACUGAAAUUGUAGAGUUUGUCACUCGAAACCCAAAUGUGAGAAUUAUAGAUCAUAAUAAAAAGGAUGUAACCAUACAAAUUAAUCCGAUAUGGAAUUACCAAUCAGAAAAUACGAUUAAAAUAUCACGACAGUUCUUUACUAUAUCAUUCGUUAUAGUAAUUCCACCGAUGACAUUAGAGCUCUUUAAAAUUAAGGAGACUUAUGAUGCGUCAUCCAGCGCGGCAACAAUUUACUGCGUUUCUUGCAUCAUGGACGACACUCCCGGCAAUGGACCAAUAUUUCCAUUUAACAUCCAGCCUAUAGAAAUAGGCGACAUCCAACUAGAGAACUAUAAACAUCGAUUAAUAUUUGAUGAAAUUACAGGAUUAUUAAAAACAGUAUUUGAGAAAGACACAAAUAAUAAGAAAACUGUUAUGAUCGAUUACGGUGCUUUUAAAAGUAAUCAUAUAAAUUCAGGAAUGUUUUUGUUUAACACAAAUUCUUCCAAACCACUGCAUGACAUUUUAUCACCAUAUAGGAGAGGAGUUAAAACAAAAAUCGUAUUAAUUAUUUCUGGUCUAGUAACCACCGAACUUACAACUAUCUUUGGUCGACUGUUGCAGAGUAGCGUCAAAAUUUUUAAUUUGAUGAAUGGCCCUUUUUCCAAAAUAAUUUGUGUUGAAACUAAAACAGAUUAUGAGGCGUCUCCCAAAAACAGGGAACUAGAGGUAUUUUUAUCGGUGCAAACUGACAUAGUUAACGGUAAUCCGCCUGAGUUGAUUAUUGAUAACAAUGGUUUUCAAUAUACUCCUAGAUAUAUAAAUAUAAGCAGACGAAUUGAAUCAAAUAUUUACCCUAUGACAAGUCUGGCUUAUAUUCAAGAUUAUCAAAAUCGUUUGACAUUAAUAACAGAUCAUGCCCAAGGUGUAACUUGUUUCCAGGAAGGACAGAUCGUGAUUAUGUUGGACCGCAGAGUUCUUUACAAUGAUGGCCGCGGAACCGGAGAAGGUUUAGCUGACAAUGGCGCUACCUAUCACAGGCACGUUAUAUUGUUGGAAAACUUCAUAAGGAGCAAAACAUUUCACAGUGACAACAGGAAAACGACGUUGCAACUGCCAAGCUUGGAUGCUCUACAUCUUGCCAAUGCUCUCAAUUACCACUUGGACAUAUUUUUCAUCGAUAGAUCACAAACUGAACACUGCUACUACACUUUUCUUCCAUUAAUCAAAACUCCAUUUCCCUGUGAUAUUUUUGUGAUUAAUUUCAGAUUAAUUGUUUAUAAAACCUCUUCAGAUAAGUUAUCCGUCAAUACGGCUCUAAUAACAUUACAUCGACAAAGCUUUACGUGUGAAAUAAAUCACUUUCAACAGCAUCACUGUAAUGGAGAUUACAGUUUUUCAAUAGAGAAAAUACUUCGCAACGUAAAAGCAGUAUAUCAGACUAAUUUGUGUGGUACUCAGGAUGGAACACCCAUUUCCAAAGUAAACAAAGGUUCCUUUGCUCCGAUGGAACUGAGCACAAUACGAGUAUAUUUCUGA